AUGAGUUACCUGGAUGAAGACUUUGACCCAUGCCGAUCUGAUCCACGCAGGAACAUGCCAGAUGUCUUGGAUUCAAACAUUGACAUCAGUCAGCUCAACACCAUCAACUUUAACAGUGUUGAUCAGCGUACCGCCAAUGUGGCAGUGGUACAACAGGGUAUUGAUCCGAGUCUCGGCCCGAGACCUUCCAGAGGUGAGACCGUUGAGUAUGAAGGUUUUCUCCCCAAGGGGUCCACAGUUGUCGCCAUCAUCGAUGUCAAGGUUGUGAACGCAGGAUCCACACCUCAGGUCAAAGCAGAAGCUAGCUCCCAAGUGAUUCCUAGGCCAUAUAUGCACCGACAGCAACUCCUGCGGGUGAUUGAGCUGUGCAGCGGAAUGGGAUGCAUGGGUUUUGGGCUUGAGCAUGCGGGUUUUUGCACUGUCCUUAAGUGUGACAUCAAUUGUAGCAUGUUGCAAAUGUCCCAGCGUAUCCAUCCAGCACCAACUUGCCAAGGAGAUGUCACCAAUCUGAGCUUGCUUGCCCCCAUGUGUGCCGAAGGGAUUGAUGCAGGUUCCAUUGCAGCUGGAGUGGCUUGUCAGCCCUACAGCCGACUUGGGGACCAAAAAGCAGAGCAGGAUUCACGGUCACAAACGCUCCCUGGAACCCUCAGAUUAGGUUUUUUGGGUCGAUUUGGCCUCAUAAUCUUGGAAUGUGUUGGAGAAGCAUUGACUUGCCCAUGGGUUCAGAAAGUGUUGCAACAGUUUUGCCAGAUGACUGGAUUUACCAUUUCACAAGGGCUGUUGCACCUCCACCAUGUUUGGCCAGCACGAAGAACGCGGUGGUGGUGUGUCCUUAGCCACCAUGAAGUAGGUCAGAUCCCUUGGAAUCCGUUUCCGCAGUGCAGUCCGCUCCCAUUGAUUGCCCACCUUUUGGAUCGUUUCAAGACAUGCAAUGAUGAAGACACCCGUCAACUUGCCCUUGACCUUUAUGAGUUGGGCCGCUUUGGACAUUUUGGUUUUGACACCAACAUGCUCAUGUGGAAUGGCCAGAUGCAGACCAGUUUGCACAGUUGUGGUUGUCAACUUAUGGGUUGCCCCUGCGGAUGCAGGACCUAUGCAUUCAGCGACAGUCGGCUGGAAAAGGGUGGACUGCAUGGAAUUUUGAUUCCCAUGCAAGGAGUUUCCACAUGUGGCAUGAAAACGUACCCCAAUUUUCGUCACAUCCACCCUGAUGAACUGGCACUUUUCAAUGGAAUGCUUCCUGGAUUGCCUUUUGGGAAUCAAUGUCGUAUGUCACUGUGUGCAUUGGGCCAGCUGGCUUCCCCAAUUCAAGCGGUUUGGGUCGGGGCAUUGGUUGCACAGCAUCUGCAUGGACGUAUGGACAUUGGAACUGGCAUUUCCCCCAAUAUUGCUCUUUUCACUUGGAUGCAAAGACUUUUGACUGCGAGAGACCAAGUGUUUGGGAAACAGUCUAACAUCAAUGCUGCCAUGUUUACUCAGAUGAUCACUGCACAUGACUUUGCCAUGCCACACCCGCUUUCGCUCAGGAGCAUUGAUGAUCAUCCAGCUGCAGACAUUAACAAGACCGAUGCCGGAGCCUCACAGGCCAUCGAGAGUCAGCUACCGGCCCUGACACCAUCCGAGCCUUUGUGUACAGUUGCCUCAGCCGACGCAUCCGAGCAUCCGCCAUGUUUGCCUGACCCUGUACAUAGUGCAUCCGUCACCGUUUCCAUGCCAUCAGUCUGUACAGUUGAGCCUGCGAUGCCCCAUCAGACAAUUCCAAUUGACGAGACCAGUUUCGCCAGUGUCAUGCCUGAUCCAUCUGUCACGUUGCCUCGACAUGAACCUGAUGCAGCCGCCGCGUGUCCUGUCAUUAGGUCCGAGUCUGGUGUCCCAUGUCCUGUCCCGCCCGUGCCCUCUGCAGCAGGGAAAACUGAUGCAAGUGAUGAAACCCCGACACCAGGUUUGUCUCUGUCCGUUGUCACUGCCACAGUCGAUGCAGCCGCAUCCCCACAUGUUGCAACCGCACAGGUCACAGAUGUCACCGGUCCGUGCCUUGUUGAUGUCCAUGCCAUGUCCUCACAGGUCGCUACUGGUCACGUCGCUGUCGUACCCAAUUGUCCGGAAGGUACCAGGAAGUCCAACACGCAGAACAUCAGAGAAUCAGCAUGCACCUCGGCCAGAAGCAUUGAUGAUCAUCCAGCUGCAGACAUGAACAAGACCGAUGCUGGAGCCCCACAGGCCAUCGAGAGUCAGCUACCGGCCCUGACACCAGCCGAGCCUUUGUGUACAGCUGCCUCAGCCGACGCAUCCGAGCAUCCGCCACGUUUGCCUGACCCUGUACAUAGUGCAUCCGUCACCGUUUCCAUGCCAUCAGUCUGUACAGUUGAGCCUGCGAUGCCCCAUCAGACAAUUCCAAUUGACGAGACCAGUUUCGCCAGUGUCAUGCCUGAUCCAUCUGUCACGUUGCCUCGACAUGAACCUGAUGCAGCCGCCACGUGUCCUGUCAUUAGGUCCGAGUCUGGUGUCCCAUGUCCUGUUCCGCCCGUGCCCUCUGCAGCAGGGAACACUGAUGCAAGUGAUGAAACCCCGACACCAUAUUUGUCCCUGUCCGUUGUCACUGCCACAGUCGAUGCAGCCGCAUCCCCACAUGUUGCAGCCGCACACGUCACAGAUGUCACCAGUCCGUGCCUUGUUGAUGUCCAUGCCAUGUCCUCACAGGUCGCUACUGGUCACGUCGCUGUCGUACCCAAUUGUCCGGAAGGUACCAGGAAGUCCAACACGCAGACCAUCAGAGAGUCAGCAUGCACCUCGGCCAGAAGCAUUGAUGAUCAUCCAGCUGCAGACAUGAACAAGACCGAUGCCGGAGCCCCACAGGCCAUCGAGAGUCAGCUACCGGCCCUGACACCAGCCGAGCCUUUGUGUACAAUUGCCUCAGCCGACGCAUCCGAGCAUCCGCCAUGUUUGCCUGACCCUGUACAUAGUGCAUCCGUCACCGUUUCCAUGCCAUCAGUCUGUGCAGUUGAGCCUGCGAUGCCCCAUCAGACAAUUCCAAUUGACGAGACCAGUUUCGCCAGUGUCAUGCCUGAUCCAUCUGUCACGUUGCCUCGACAUGAACCUGAUGCAGCCGCCACGUGUCCUGUCAUUAGGUCCGAGUCUGGUGUCCCAUGUCCUGUCCCGCCCGUGCCCUCUGCAGCAGGAACUGAUGCAAGUGAUGAAACGCCGACACCAGGUUUGUCUCCGUCCGUUGUCACUGCCACAGUCGAUGCAGCCGCAUCCCCACAUGUUGCAACCGCACACGUCACAGAUGUCACCAGUCCGUGCCUUGUUGAUGUCCAUGCCAUGUCCUCACAGGUCGCUACUGGUCACGUCGCUAUCGUACCCAAUUGUCAGGAAGGUACCAGGAUGUCCAACACGCAGACCAUCAGAGAAUCAGCAUGCACCUCGGCCAGGAGCAUUGAUGAUCACCCAGCUGCAGACAAGAACAAGACCGAUGCCGGAGCCUCACAGGCCAUCGAGAGUCAGCUACCGGCCCUGACACCAGCCGAGCCUUUGUGUACAGUUGCCUCAGCCGACGCAUCCGAGCAUCCGCCACGUUUGCCUGACCCUGUACAUAGUGCAUCCGUCACCGUUUCCAUGCCAUCAGUCUGUACAGUUGAGCCUGCGAUGCCCCAUCAGACAAUUCCAAUUGACGAGACAAGUUUCGCCAGUGCCAUAUCUGAUCCACCUGCCAUGUUGCCUCGGCAUGAACCUGAUGCAGCCGCCGCGUGUCCUGUCAUUAGGUCCGAGUCUGGUGUCCCAUGUCCUGUUCCGCCCGUGCCCUCUGCAGCAGGGAAAACUGAUGCAAGUGAUGAAACGCCGACACCAUGUUUGUCCCUGUCCGUUGUCACUGCCACAGUCGAUGCAGCCGCAUCCCCACAUGUUGCAGCCGCACACGUCACAGAUGUCACCAGUCCGUGCCUUGUUGAUGUCCAUGCCAUGUCCUCACAGGUCGCUACUGGUCACGUCGCUGUCGUACCCAAUUGUCCGGAAGGUACCAGGAAGUCCAACACGCAGAACAUCAGAGAAUCAGCAUGCACCUCGGCCAGAAGCAUUGAUGAUCAUCCAGCUGCAGACAAGAACAAGACCGAUGCCGGAGCCUCACAGGCCAUCGAGAGUCAGCUACCGGCCCUGACACCAGCCGAGCCUUUGUGUACAGUUGCCUCAGCCGACGCAUCCGAGCAUCCGCCACGUUUGCCUGACCCUGUACAUAGUGCAUCCGUCACCGUUUCCAUGCCAUCAGUCUGUACAGUUGAGCCUGCGAUGCCCCAUCAGACAAUUCCAAUUGACGAGACAAGUUUCGCCAGUGCCAUAUCUGAUCCACCUGCCAUGUUGCCUCGGCAUGAACCUGAUGCAGCCGCCCCGUGUCCUGUCAUUAGGUCCGAGUCUGGUGUCCCAUGUCCUGUUCCGCCCGUGCCCUCUGCAGCAGGGAAAACUGAUGCAAGUGAUGAAACGCCGACACCAUGUUUGUCCCUGUCCGUUGUCACUGCCACAGUCGAUGCAGCCGCAUCCCCACAUGUUGCAGCCGCACACGUCACAGAUGUCACCAGUCCGUGCCUUGUUGAUGUCCAUGCCAUGUCCUCACAGGUCGUUACUGGUCACGUCGCUGUCGUACCCAAUUGUCAGGAAGGUACCCGGAUGUCCAACACGCAGACCAUCAGAGAAUCAGCAUGCACCUCGGCCACAUCGGUAGUCCCAUGCCAUCCAUGUAGGUCAUCCACACCCAUGCAUGAUGCCAAGCUAAAGUCAGUUGACACGCACGGAGCACCAACCGUACACAUGCCAGAUGAGCUCCGAGCUGAUGUUGCCCGGACUGCACUAGCAAGUGUUCAUGCCCCGGACUCCAUUGAGCCCGGUGUACACCCACCAUGCCCAAAAGUCGAACGGACAGAUGCCACAGAGAACCCCCAGGACCGUCCUCCUGUGACUGAACUGCUACAUUGCCAUGAUACCACGACCAGUACUACCCAGGCCACAGCCUCCUUGGCUACAUUUGCAACCGCACAGACAUUGACUUGGCCCCAGAAGUUGCAGGCCCUUGACCAUUUGGCCUUUUUGCCGUACGUCGGAACAGAAGGAGGAGAUUUUCCUGGUCACACACCACAUCAAGAUGAAUGUACCCCAUCAAUCCAACAUGGUUGCAAAGUACCACAGGUCCCCAAGGACCCUAGGAACAUGACUCCAGGUACAUCUGCCCAUGUUGACAGUUUGUCAGUGAACCCAGUCCCGGCAAACACAGACCAGGCCUUGGAUUUUGAUGUCUGUGCCGACACCACAGCAGCAGAUGAGCCAACCUGUCCAUCGGCCUUUCCUUGGCCUCAGCGGGAUUCAGUGCAAUCGCCCCAGACCAUUGCACCCACCCCAGUUGCCGAGUCCGGUAAGCGACCACAUGAAUCAUUCCAGCAAGCCAACUCUGCAGGAGGGGUCUGUGGAUUUGAAACCCCACGGCCAGCCAAGAAAGCCAAAGCGGAGUCUUCGACGCCUGCGUCCAGCCCAGCACCUGUCAGAUCGUUUGAGCCUGCGUUGGCAUGCCCAACCAAUGGAGCAUGGUCCCCAGCAGCAUCUUCUGACAAAGAUUCUGCCAGUGGCACAAACAUCAAUAUCAUGGUCCUCAGGGAUGGAGCUCAGUUGCCAUGCGUUGUCAGUGUCUCAGAAGGUACUGAAGUUGGCCAGCUACUCAGAGCAGAAAAGUUUGACUUGGAGGGGACGCCUGAUCUGCAUGCGAGUUCAUGGCUCAACACACCCAUCCCAUUGAUGCUCCCGUUGGAAGAUAAACAGGCAAUCUUUGUGCGUAAGCAGCUUCAACUUUGGAACCAGUGUCCAUUCACAGACUCAGCAGCCGUAUGCCGCCCAGACCUUAGCCUGCCCAGCCCUCGUAUUGAGGCUUUGUACCGCCAGCAAGCAUGGGUGGCUAGGGAUGAAAUGGAAUACUAUUUGAGUGCUACAUCCUUUGAUCACAUGGCGACAGCAUUUCCUCCUGCCUGCUAUCACAAUGAAAUUGCAGUGAAAGAUGAAGCGCACCAUUGGCUGUCUCUCAUUUUGGAUUCAAUCGCCGAAGGCCAAAAAUGGUGUUCUGCCGCAAUUGUCAAUGGUCAUUGGAUCCCACUGGUCUUGCACAAGCAAGCAGCAACCAUUACCAUGUAUACAACACCCGAGGGUACUUGCUUCCUUGAGACAGUUGAAACAUUGGUGCAAGACAACAGCAUGACUUUUUCAGCAAAGCAGAGUGUCCUCCCACAGAGUUUCCCGGCAGACUGUGGGUUUCAGAGUUUUGCAUGGAUCAUUGCCAUACUGAGUGGACUUGAAGUUCAAGCUUUAUCAUGUCGGCAAGCGGCCAAAUGGCGACAGCUUUUCGCCAAUGAGCUUCUCAGGCAUGAAACAGCUUGGCACAUUGCCCACCACCUGGACUUAGGUGGCGCCAGGCCGGACAAUGGCGAGGUCCACCAGUUGACAGAACUGCUCACCACGCAUGGAGUUUGGCCGGAACGAUCUCAAGAAAGAGCAGCCCAGAUAGUAGCCAAGAUCUCUCCGGCAAUCCUUGCCAACAUUCUUGCGUCUCCAAGACCAUGGCAGGACUUGAAAGCAGCAGCGAACAAUAUGAAACCUCAGCUCAGAUUGAUCAUGGCUGACGAGCUCAAUGCCCAAAUUGCCAACCGAACAUCCCAACGCAAGUAUGGCAGAAAGAGUGACCGCCAAACAGCCAGGAAACCAGAUGCUACCAAAGAGGUGCCAUCAGUUCAAGCCAGUGAAUUGCAAGUCCCACAUGGCGUCUUCCGACAACAAGAUGGCACGGUCCUCAGUUCCUUGCAUGUCAAGAAGUUGGUCCCCAAGCCAGUGGCGUCCUUUUGCUUGACCAAGAAGACUGUGAAGCCACAUUGCGUCUUCCCCAACCGGUCUCCAAAGGUUGUCAGAUGUGUCGUCUUCAGAGAUCAAGCCAUGCCGCUUUGGGAUUCCAUGCUGCUGCAACCGGUGAAACAUAUUUUCCAAGCUGAACCGCUCCUCACCCCCACACCUGGUGAAGAUUCAGUUGUGAUAGAUGUUUGGGACAGGCAAUGGGUCACAAAGAAAUAUGAGAAGGUCAGACCCACCAACGCUGACAUGUUUCUCUGCAGCAUUCGAAUGCAAGCAUCCCAGGCCGAAACCUUGUUGACCAAGUCAGGGCAGAAUGGGGUUUACUGGGAACCAAGGUCGCACUGUGGCAGCUACCCCAAUGACAGCUACCAUGUCACCUGGCUCCAAAAAAUGACCCUGCAGGAUGCCAAAUAUGCACAGCAGACGUCGCCUCAAACCACCACUUUGGUGCGACACGGGGAUCGCUAUGGGCUCCGGAGUGACACCAUGGUUGCCCAAGAAAUCCACUCCAAGCAUCGUCCCGACACACCGUUGCUGCUUGGCCAAAACAAGCUCCUUUUCACUGUGGGGCCAUUGCCAUAUAGCACCACCAAAACGGCACUGAUGAAGAUCCUGAAAGCCUGGGACUGGGAUGCGCGCCCUCUCCAGCCCAAAGGGAGAGCCCCUGAUGGCUCCGGCAUCACAUGGAUUGUUCAGGCAGUUGAGCCACCAACACACCUUGUUUAUGCUUUGCAGCAUGGAGAUGUCUUAGUUGCUCACGUCCAAGAUGCCAAGCCACAAGCCAAACCGGAGCCAUUUGCCAUCAUUGCGUCCAAAAAGACCAUUGACCAUUUGCAAUCUGCUGACCCCUGGCUGCAUGACGAUCCCUGGAGGAAAGGUCCAGCUCCAAAUUCCGGACAGCCAGCCAAACAGCAACCCAGUUCCCAUGUAUCGCCCACUGCCAUGCAACUUGACAAGUUGGAAGCCUCCUUGGAAAGCAAGAUCAUCCGAAAGCUGACCAAACAGGACGGCGAUGUUGCCAUGGAAACCAACGCAAUGGAUUCCCGAAUUUCCCAGUUGGAACACCAAUUUCAACAGCUGCAGGCCAUGCAAAGUGGCACUGAUGCCAAAGUAUCCCAACUGCAACAACACGUCGAGCAGCAGAGCAAAUGCCUAGGCAACAUGAAUCCCACCGGGCUGAUGGGCAAGGCUCGUGACUUGUCCGCUUUGCCGAAAGGAGUUUGGUCCACACAUGGACUCCUGAACAAUUUGCCACAGGCAGACAUGGAUGCUUGGUAUGCCAACAUUUGGAAGAACGUUGAACGUUACGCAGACAAGGAAGUCCUUUCCGCCUUUGAGCAAGAAUGGCAAAAGCGUUGGCAACGCCAUGAAGAAACCAAAGCUGAGAAAUGGCAGCCCAUCAUUGACUUUGCCAAGCAUGCCUUGCCUAAACGCCAAACUACCUUUCCUGCUAUUACCUCCCAACUUUGGCAAAAAACCGUGGCCAAAAAGCGAAAAAAUGCAGCUGUUGGCCCUGAUGGGGUUUCCAGACGAGACAUGUUAGAAAUGCCAAGUGCAGCAGUUGAUGACAUGGUAGCCCUUAUCCAUGCCAUUGAAGAAGGGGGAGUGAUUGACAUCGUGAAAUGUUUCAACAUGUUGCCGCAACAGCCCCUUUUGGAAAUUGCCAGCCACCUGGGCAUUCCCAGUGAAGUCAUGCAGCCUUGGCACGCUGCAUUACGGCAGCUUCAAAGAAGGUUCCAGGUCCAGGGCUGCGUAGGCCGUUCCUUGACAAGCUCUUGUGGUUUCGCAGAGGGUGAUGCCCUCAACUCCGUCCGAGCACUGGAGGAAUUUUGUUCACUUUUGGACUUAGAGACUGUACACCAAAUGUUUGUACAGAUUGCUUUGCGUGCGCGUAACUGUACUCUUGCAGAUGAACCCUUACCACCGAAGGGAAUUUCCAUGGACACACCCACAGCCACUGUUGAUGCGGGACUUCUGGCGCUGGCCAAGUGCUCGGAGUCCGACUUGCCAGCCAAGUUGCAGACUGCAGAAACUCCACAUGUUUUGCAGUGGAUCCGUAACCUUCUAGCGAAUGACCAUGCAGUCAUUUGGGUGACUUUCCACCAAUUGUUGCUCAGCUACCCAGGAGGUACGGGUCGACUUGGACCGUACACCACUGGACGUUUAUGGACCGAACGACCUCUGGAUUCCAUGUAUGAAUAUAAGCAACAGGUACAGUGGUUUGUCAGGUUUUUGAUGAGUUUAGCCAAAGCCGUAGGUGCUGCAUUAGAAGUUGAUCAGCGACGUCCUUCAUCACAUGUGCUGACAUUUUGGUGCGGCUGCCUGCAAGUGCCCAUGGCUGCAACAGAACUGGCUGCCAUUGAUGACUUCUACAAAGAGCAUGCCACCAAUCUACCUGCGAGACAGAUUGGUCGCGACCUUGGUAAGGUCAUGGAACGUCAACGUAUGGAGCUUGUGAGUGAAGCUCGAGAUCAACUUGCAAGCGUUGAACAACAAGCAGCCGAAGAAAUUUCCAGGAGAAACCUUUUGUUGAACGAGCAGGCCGCCCAGGCGAUGAGUGAGCAGAAAUCUGCUCAACUGCAGGUCACAGCGCAGGAUCAUCGCAUCAGGGAACUGAGUGCCGAACUGACUCAUGUGUUCAACAAUGCAGGUGUCUUGACAUCGUCUGCGGAGAAGUCCAAUGCUGAUCUGCAGGCAGCACGUUCAGAACUUGCCGAGUACCGCACUCAGAUUGAUGCAAUGAAUCAACACGCUUUGAACAUGCAGAAGUUGGCCGAAUCUCAGAAGAAGGACUUCGAGGCGGAGAUUGAGAAGCUUCGGAAGGAGCAGAGAGAGCUCAUCCGGAAUCUAAAGUCUCAACCUCUGGAGGGAACUCCUGGACUCAUGAUCCAUUACGGUCCCGGAAAACCCAUUCCACAAUCCUCGAAGCCCAAGGGUCCAACCAUUGAGGAGUUAGCUUCGGGAAGCAAGAAGCCUCAGCAUUCAUCAGAUGCUGACGAUGAGCAUUUUCAGGCAGAACCUUCGAAGCCACCGGGACUUCCCGGCGGUGGACCUCCAGGAGAUGACGAUGGUGAUGAUGACUAUGACGACAAGAGAGGUCGCAAAGACAAGAAAGACAAGAAGAAGGACCGCAAGACUAGUCGUGGCCGUUCGCGACGACGACGUCGAAGACCUGACAUGAUGUGGAAGCAAGCCUACUUUCACAACGCCAUCAAGAACUUCAAGCCUCUCUCCCAUGAUCUGGCUGUGUAUGAUCGCACUCCGGAGGGGGAACCCAACCGCUCUUAUGAUUUUCUCAUGAAAGCUGCGAGGGACUACCUUGAGAGGAGACGUCUUGAGAAGAUGCGCCAGGCUACCAAGAAGUCUGUUUCAGGCAAAAGAGAUGCUACGCCAGCACCCACGCGACCGCCAUCUGCGGGAAAGCCCACAGGCUGGCAAAUAGGCUCACAGAGUCUCAAGGACAAAGGGGGAAAACCAUCUUCCUCUGGCUCAGCUGCAGUUUGCCUGAUGCGCGCUCUGAUGAUGGUCGCAGUCGUCAACCCUUCGACCAGCACUCAUCGCGUGCCGGAAGGCAUCGCCUCUCCGCAUUGUUUCAACCAGCAUUUUGCCAUGCCAGUUACACCCAAUCGCACUGUUUCGUUUGGGGGCAACGAUGAAAUCUUCGAAGUUCCCAUGGAGCAAAAUUGUAAUUUGCAUCCGUGCCAAGCCAAACAACGAACUUUCAAUCCAGUUCGCAUCACCAAGGACGAUCGUACUCGUAAAGAUACGAUCGAAGCACGAGAAAGUGAUGCAAUACUUGCAGCACAGAUGUUGCAGUCAGCUGUCUUUCGGGAGUUGCAUGGUAAACUUUGCAAAUGCAGCUUUGAAUGUGACAGUGAUAUCGGCUGUCGCCACUGCAUCCGUUCCGAUUUGAAUGCAUUGCCAGGACACAUGCCUUCUCAGCAGCUAGGAAUUCCGUUUUCAUGGGACUCCGCUGCCGGGAACGGCAAGCCUAUCAUCUCACCUGUUCGAAGGUCUCGCAUAUCAGCUGUCGGCACUGAGUCUGAGGACGAAGUCCAAGAGGUCGAAGAACUUUAUGAGGCUUCCAUCGCAGACGACGAUGAAAUCCCUGGACGUGGUGACGAUAGUCUCGAGGAGUUCUUCCCUGGUGAACUUGCGCCAGGACCUCCAGCAGCCAUGACGCCAGAAGGUGAUGUGGGUUCGGAAGAUGAAGCCGAAGCUCCUGAAGAACCAGUUGACGGUCGACUUCAACUGCCUGAACCUCAACCAAUUGAUCGUGGUGAAGCUGCACUUCGAGAAGAGGCUAGGACCCUUAGGCACAUGAUGACACAUACCCCAAAGAAUCCUUUUUGUGAAACAUGCAAAUGUGCGAAGAUGUACAAACCUACUAAACGUAGCAAAGGGGAGUCUUUGACUGUGGAAUCCAACAAGUUUGGGGAUCACAUCACUGGGGAUCAUCUUGUGACUAGGGAUGCCAACGAACAAUCAAUUGAUGGUGACAGGGUCGCGAUGGUCAUGAAAGAUGUCGCUACGAAUUUUCGUUGGAUCUAUCCUUCAGCUAGAAGUCAUGCCAAGGAUUGUGUUUUAGCUUUUAGGCAUUUCAUUGCGCCUGGUGAAGAAGUCGGAGUGUUUUAUUCCGAUGCAGCGCCAUCCAUCAAGCUCGCUUGUCGGGAAGUUGGGUGGAGGCAGAAUACUAGUGUUGCUUAUGUCUCUAAGUCGAACGCAGUCGCCGAGAGGAAUCUCAGGUCCGUACUUGAAGGGACUAGAGUAAACCUUGAACAGGCAGGGCUUCACCAUUCGUAUUGGAGUUAUGCUGCACGACAUUGGUGUAUGGCACACAACAUCCAGGACCACCCUGAAAUCUUAUCUCCCUGGGAGCUUCGUUCUGGGGAAAAGUUCAAGGGACCCAACAUUCCUUUUGGGGCCCGCAUUGACUAUUGGACUGGACCGAAACUCAAACCCAAGAAAGAUUUGCGUUUUGACCCAACUUCAAAUCCAGGUGUCUUUUUGGGAUAUGCCAUGCAACCAGGUUUCGUUUGGAGAAAUGAGUUUCUUGUAGCAUCAUUGAAGGACCUCAUGGAGAAGGAAUUCAACGAAUCUGUCCAAGUUGUUCGUGUCAACCAACUCACUGUACCUGAUGGACCCUUUGUUUUCCCUUUGAAAGGAAGGUAUAAGGCCAUUAGGGAAGGUUUAUACGAAUCUCUUAGCCUUGAUGCUCCACCAGAUCCGAAGAAGAUGGACGCUCAAACAAUUGAAGACUUGGUUGCCCCAAGGAAAGCUGUUGAGCCAGGACCGGUGGAGGGCGAAGAGGAGUUUGAACAGAUGAUGCGUGAAGUUGGACUGGAAUCUGAUGACAUCGAAGUGAUUGACCCCAAAACUGGAAAAUCAGAAUUUAUCUCAAAGGAUGACCCUUCAUACUACGAUGCUAGUGGUUUUAAGGGAAGACGAUAUAAAGGUUCCUCCAAACCCAAGGACAUUCCAACAUUUCUUUGGCGGGGGGCCUCUAAAGCGGCUAGAGAAAGGGCCAAACGUGAAGCCUUGUUGAAAGAGGCAGCUGAAAAGCAUGAUGCUGCAGUUGCCAAAGAACGUAAGUACAACAGGGUCAUAGAUCGUUUUGCCAAUUCAGCUGUCAAAGAAUCCAAGAGUAAUGAACCAUCAGAUGAUUUCAUUCCCGCAAUGCCGGUCACCUACAAUCCGGGGGGCUCGCAUGGUGGAAACCAUUGCCACAGAGACAAGCUUAAGGAUCAAUCAGAGCUCAUGUGCUUUCAUUUUUCCAAUGCACUUGUGGCAAGACCCGUUGGACAGAAGGAGAUCAACAACACUCCGGCUGCCCAAGCUGCACUCGAUAAGGAAUGGAAUAACCUUACAAGUAAGGGUGCAUGGGAUUAUUCCACUGUUAGGGAGUGGGAUGACGUUUCAAGGGAAGCCAUCAAGAACAAGACAAAAGUUCAUGUAGGCAAGAUCUUCGAGAUUUGUGUCGAGAAGGGAAGCGAGCUACCGCAGGGUGACCCCAUGCGCAAAUUUAAGGGUCGCACCGUGUUCCAAGGAAACAACGUUAAGGACGAGGCGGCUGAUGUUGCUUUGUUCGCGGAGCUCGGAAGUUCACCGGCCAACAUGGAGGCAGGUAAAGCAUUGGAUGCUUAUGGCUCCAUGCCGGGGAACCGGACAUCACAAGGUGAUGGUAAGCAAGCUUACACCCAAGCGUUGAUGCAAGGAAUUUUAACUUGGAUCAGACUACCAAGAAACCGUUGGCCGAAGGAAUGGAUUGGUGUGUAUAAAGAUCCGGUUGUUCUUCUUAUUUUGGCAUUGUAUGGUCACCCUGAUUCGGGGGGUCUAUGGCAACGUCAGUGUGAGAAAGCACUUUAUGCAGUCGGAUUUCACCCACUCUAUCCUGAAUGUUGGCCUUCAAUGUUUUGGCAUCCGAAAUUGAAGUUGUUGCUUGGUGUAUAUGUUGAUGACUUCAAGAUGUCAGGACCAUCCAAAAACAUUGACGAAGGGUGGAAGUUAAUUUCUUCCCAAAUCGACAUGGAUACUCCUGAAGAUGCCGGAAGAUACCUUGGAUGCGAACAUGUCUUCAAACAGAAUGUCAAGCUUGAUGUAUGUGCUCAUCCAUUUGCUCAUGUCUUCGAUGCUAGCAUCCCGGAUCCUUCUAGUAAGCCAGCCAGUCCGGCCCGCCGAACAAAGGACUACUGGGAGCACAUGCCAGAGCUUGGAGUUUGUGUUCAUCAUCACCUGCAACCUCGCAAGAAGUUCCAGGACAAGCCGAAGGACGAUACAUCCUUCCGGGCGGGAACGCACCGGCUAACCGUGUGUGAACCUUGUCAAACCCGAGAUGAACCCAAAGAAUAUGUUCAUGAUAUGGGAUCUCAAAACCCAACUGGACUUCCAUUUUGGUGGACGGGAUCAACCUACUUCGUGGACGAAUCAAUCAAGGAACCCUCAAAGGUUUUGGCAGCUGCUAAGAAGAUAAGAGACAAGUCGGGAGCAAAGAAAGCGGCUAGGGCACAAGGAUUUACUUUUCUUGAUGAACUUGAGCAACAUAAGUCCAAGUGCAUGACGAAGAAUGUCAACACGGUCGAGUAUGACAUGCGACAAUUCUUACAACAAUGUCUUGACCGCUACGUUGAACUAGCAGGACCAAAUGUAAAGUUCAAGAAAGUUUCAACCCCUUUCCCAGAUGACAAAAUUGCACGUCCCAUCAUGGACGAAGCAAAAGCUCGGGGGGAACUCCAGCCCAUAGCAUCACGUGUGUUGAUGAAAGUGCUGUUCGCAGCACGAAUGGCUAGGUUCGAUCUUCUCCGUGCUACUCAGGGUUUAGCAAGUAGGGUUACAAAAUGGUCACCUGAUUGCGACAAGAGUCUUCAUCGAUUAAUGUGUUACAUACACACAACCCUUGAUCGUACAAUGGUUGGUUUCGUUGGGGAUCCACCUGAGGCUUGCAAAACAUGGUUAUUUGCAGAUUCAGAUCAUGCUGGGGAACAUGACAACCGAUCUACAAGUGGUUGCCUCCUUGCUUUGGUAGGACCAAACACUUUUUAUCCACUCACAGCUUUUUCAAAGAAGCAGACUUCAACGGCUAUGUCUUCGACAGAGGCUGAAGUCACGGCGGCGAACCUUGCGUUGCGUGCUGUUGGUUUACCUUCCUCCUGCCUGUGGUCAGUCAUACGUCACGCGGGGGGAGAAAGCACUCAACAAAGGGCGUCCCGCAGAGUGGAAACUCGUGCCAAAAACCCCAAAGAUGAUUAUUGGGAGCACAGUCCAUUCACCAACCAAGUUACCAGAGUUCAUGUCAAACCCCGGAAUAAACUGUAUAACCCAAUUGAUUCGGAUUGUCCAGUGAACCUUCAGGGAUUGGCAAGGCAAAGGUACACCAUCAUGAAAACUAAAACUGGUGACGUUGAAUUUGAUUUGACAUGGGACUGGACGACUCCUGAUGCUGACAUGAUCUAUGAUUUCGAAUGGACUGGGAAAACUGUCUUUAGAAUUCCUGGACCAAAUGAAGUUGAUUAUGGGGUUGAGUCACGGGAAAUCAGAUCUGCAUUAACUGAUUUUAACUAUACGGGAUCUGAAAAGCGGGGGGAUGAAAGUGUGUACAUGGCAGGACCCGGUAGUCUUGAGGUCAUUUUCCUUGAGGACAACCAAGCAACCAUUCGAAUCCUUGAGAGUGGUAGGUCACCGUCAUUUAGGCACACAGACAAAACCCAAAGAUUGAAUUUGUCAUGGUUGUCUGAACAGUUUUCAAACGAAAACAUUUCAGACUUGUCUAUGUUGGUUCAUCGCUUCAAGCGGCAGACAUCCUCACCAAGCCCUUUACCAACUCUGAGAAGUGGGAAUCAGCUCUGCGAUUGA